AGACAACCCACUUUGAACUGAAAAGCCAAUACAGGUUUCACUCAGUUCAGCAUCCAACAAUGAGGACCGGAUAUUCAUCUUCUCUCAAAUUCUUGUUCCUAUCGAUACUUCUCGGGAAUAUCUCUCUUUUCAUUUCUAAUUCGUUCGCUUUCCAAUCGGACGAGCUUCUUGCGGAUGACGAAGAAUUCGGGAUCGAAGGUGGCCGAUCCCCUGACGCAGCCUUCCCGACCCGAACUGUUUCAUCACCUCCGUCGAUCCGGAAGCGGUCAUCGGACCUUGGUUCCGAUUUGGAUUCCAAAAUCCAGUUUCCCCUUGAACACGCUUUCGGCGACUCCGAUUUCGCGCCAGCCGGCUCCUUCUCUGCUCGCCUUAAGACGUGGUCUCAUGGUGGUCAGACACUUACAAAGCUUCGGUUCUCGAGGAAUGGCCUUAGUGAGACAGAGAAGGAGAAUUUCAAAAAACUAUUGGAAGGUGAUGACUUCUACAGAAUAAGAGUACCAUCAAACGUGUUAAGUCCACCUGGAAGAGAGUACAUUAUCUCAUCAGUGAAGGCGAGAUGUCUUCCAAGGGAUGGUCUGGAUGAGCAUUUCAUGAUACACAUGGAAGGCGUGAAUAUCUUGGCUGUUAAUUAUGGUUCUCCAGGAUCAUGCCCGUAUCCACGACAAUUCAAAAUUCCAGCUAAGUGGUCUUUUAAGUCACACACAGUCUUGAAGAACAGUGAACAGGCACCAAGAACUCCAGUAUUUACUGAAGAAGUAGUUGGCGAGAAUGCAGAGGGUGAAUUGCCGCCUCCGGAGAGGUCCUUCUGGGCUAAAUACUGGAUGUACUUGAUCCCUCUUGGGCUUAUUGUCAUGAAUGCCAUCACCCAGGCCAUGAACAUGGCUGAGGAACCGGGCAAUGGGCAACCGGGCGCUCAAACGCAGCAGGCGGUGGCAGGAGCUCAACGUGGUCAGACUGCUGCAGUGCGAAGAAGAUAACUCUUGAGUAUGUAUCUUCAGCGAAACCCAUCUAAUCUUAUGUACUUUAAUCCUUUAGUUCUUCACCCCACGCCACCCCACCCCGCCCCUGGAUUUCGAUUAUGGACCUGUUUGGGGUUUGCAAUGGGCAAGUGUAUACAAGUAUGACCAUUAUUCUAGAAUUCUGAAAUGGCACAUAGGGAAACAACUUGGUACCACUUUGAGCUUGUGGGUCUAUUUUACUUUUUAUUUGAUCUUUUCUUGAACAUUGAUAUCUGUUAUUUAUGGGAAAAUUAUGUUGUCGGUCUCCAA